ACCACUUGUACCACUCCAUCUUUCAACUUCUCACUACCACCGCAUUCAACGCGACCAAAUUCCAAAAAAUGGCAAAUCCAACACCAAAACCUAGUCCCACUCUCGUCCUUCAUGUCAUCCUAUGUUGCUGGUUGUGUUCGUCCAUUGUUAUGGGAGCCACUUACAAUGUGAUCAACUUUGGUGCCAAAUCAGACGGUAAAACGGACUCAACCAAGGCGUUCCUCAAUGCAUGGGCCAAGGCUUGUGCUUCAACCAGCUCUGCCUCCAUUUAUGUGCCCCGAGGGAGGUUCUUGCUCAGAAGUGCCACCUUCGGUGGCCAAUGUCACAACCAAGCUAUCACCUUUACCAUUGAUGGCACUCUGGUCGCUCCUUCUGAUUACAGGGUCAUCGGUAGUUCCGGUAAGUGGUUGCAGUUCGAGGGUGUGAACGGGGUUUCCAUCCGCGGUGGGGUGUUGGAUGGCCAAGGAACAGCCCUGUGGAAUUGCAAGAACUCCGGCAAAGGAAACUGCCCCACCGGUGCCACGACGUUGGGUUUCACCAACUCGAAUAACGUCGCUAUUAGUGGGUUGACCUCGUUGAACAGUCAAAUGUUCCACAUUGUGUUCAAUGGAUGCCAAAAUGUGAAGUUGCAAGGAGUGAAGGUCAUGGCGGACGGAAACAGUCCUAACACCGACGGCAUCCACGUACAAAUGUCCUCUCACGUCACCAUCCUCAACUCCAAUAUUCGAACAGGAGAUGAUUGUAUCUCCAUAGGCCCAGGAACCACAAACUUGUGGAUUGAAAACAUUGCAUGCGGACCAGGACACGGAAUAAGCAUUGGGAGCUUGGGGAAAGAUUUCAAAGAAGCUGGUGUACAAAAUGUGACGGUUAAAACGGUUACCUUCACCGGGACUCAAAAUGGCGUCAGAAUCAAGACCUGGGGGAGACCCAGUAACGGCUUUGUGAGGAAUGUUCUUUUCCAAGACGCUAUCAUGGUCAAUGUCGAAAACCCCGUUAUAAUUGACCAAAAUUACUGCCCAGGAAACAAGGGCUGCCCUGGUCAGGCAUCUGGAGUGAAAGUGAGUGAUGUAACAUACAGAGACAUUCAUGGAACAUCUGCUACACAGGUUGCCGUGAAAUUUGAUUGCAGUUCCAAGUAUCCAUGCAGCGGGAUCAAGUUGGAGGAUGUGAAGCUCACAUACAAGAAUCAACGUGCUGUAUCUUCCUGCAACCAUGCAGAUGGAGCCUCGUUGGGUUCAGUUCAACCCCAGAGUUGCUUUUAGACCCUAAAAUAUGCCAUCACCAUCCUGCACAAAAAAUAUACUAUUAAACCAAGAUUCUAGAUGGAGUCAUAGGACAAGAUCAUAGGCAUACAGUGUGUCGCUACGUAUAUUUUUUUGUUUUUGUUUAUGAAUAGUGUAUCAGCUUGUCGCAGUUUGAGGCGUUUGUAGCCCAUUGUGCGGCUGUGUGCAUGGUCUUACAAUUG